UUCAAAAACGUGAAGGAAAGAUCAAUAAAUAUGUAAAGUACACCAACUCGUUUCUUUUAAGACUAGUUCUACGCUGACCAAUACGUUGUAGGCCUCCAAAUGUGAAGUGUGGUGUUCUAUGUUCUUGAUAUUAGUAUCGGCAUGCGUGUUGCUGGCGUGUUGGGCGCGGUGGUUCGCGCGCCGGCGGCUGAUUGCGAUGGCCGACCAGUUACCCGGCCCGCCAGCACUGCCUCUGCUCGGCAACGCUCUGAUGAUAAUGAAUAGUUCAGGAAUAUUCACCGUUUUUGACAAUCUUAAGAGGAAGUACGGUCGUGCAUUUAGAUUCUGGCUGGGACCUGAUCUAAAUUAUGUUAUCUCAGAACCUGAUUACGUCAAAACUCUUCUUCAAAGCAAAAAACUGAACGAAAGAGGCCCAUCAUAUAAAUACAUGGUGGACUUUCUAGGAUAUGGCAUUCUCAGCGGCUCAGGUCCAAUAUGGCGUCAGCGCAGAAAGCUGAUAAGCUCGAAUUAUACCAUCACAGCUACAAAAAACUACAGCAACGCAUUCAAUGAUGAAACUGGACAUUUGCUGGGAACACUCAGGAGUCGGCCUGCGGGGAAAUCAUUUGAUGUGUACGAUGAAGUUGUCAAGACGACUACGUACGCUGUUUGCCGAACUUUAUUCGGCUUGAACAGAGAACAAACGUUGAGCCUUCCCUACCUCCAGGAAAUUAUGGAUGACACGCAUCAGAUGUACGCAGACACAUUCAUGAGAAUGACGACAUGGUACCUACAAAUUGAACCUUACUAUUGGUUUUCACCAUACUACUCUAAGAAUAAAAGGUUCAUACAAAAAAUAAACGGUAUGGCAGACGCCGUGGUCAAAUAUAGACUGAAAAACUUAAAGGAUACAAACUUUGUUGAAAUUAACGAAAGUAAAACGGACUUAAGUGAUAAUGAAGGUCUUAGUACUGUAGAUAAGAUAAUUUUGGAAAGACCUGCGAAUUAUGAUGAGAUGUUAAAACAAAUAUUUACUGUAUUUACAACGGGUCAGGAGCCACCAGCGAAUAUAGGUUCUUUUAUUUUAUUGAUGAUGGCUUACCACCCAGAGUGCCAGGAAAAACUGUACAAAGAGAUUAAAGAAGUUAUGGGCGACGAAGACAGGCCUGUGACUGACGAGGAUAUCAAACGCAUGCCUUACUUAGACAUGGUGUUUAAGGAGGUCAUCAGACUGUUCCCUAUCGGACCAAUGAUGCAGCGCACUGUCAUUGAGGAUAUCGAUAUUGGUGACGGCAUUACGCUCCCUGCAGGCAGUUGCCUGACCGUGCUGUUUUUCCAUAUGCAUCGUGAUAAGGACUUCUGGGAAAACCCGGACGUCUUCGACCCGGAGCGAUUCAGCCCUGAGCGGUCCGCGUCUCGCCACCCGUACUGCUAUGUUCCGUUCAGUUUGGGCUCCAUGGAUUGUUUAGGAAGACACUUCGGCACGAAACUGGUGAAGACCAUCUGUAUCAGAGUACUGCGCGAGUUCAGGCUUACCUCUCCGGAGACUUACACGGAUCUCAAACUGCUGUGCGCCGUGUCGGUCGAACCCGUCAACGGGUACCCCGUGUUCUUGAACCCCAGACUGAACUGAUUUGUAGAAAUUAAAAUUUUGUUCUAAUUAAACCUCUAUUGAUACCACUGAUGUCAUUAAAAUUUUGACACAAGUCAUUUGGUCAUUCUUUCGUGAUUCUGUGUAAAGGAAUAAAAAAGUCCCGUGUGGUAAUGGGUUAGGAAUUUCACCACCCCUUUUGCUUCCGUGGGUGUCGUAUAAGUCGACUGACGGACACGUGUUCCAUUGUAGUGUGGGCGAUGGGCUGGCAACUUUCACUGCAAUAUCAUAGCAAAUACGAUAGUACUCUUUAUUAUACUUGUGGCAAUAUCGCAAUUUUGUCGCACUGGCAGAGCAGAUUCACUGAAACUUGAGCGCCUGGCCAAUAUAUUCUUAAUCAAUUUACUAAUAAUUUCAGAAAUUUGUACGAUAUGAAACGAAUUAUAUCAAAUGUGUAUUUAAUUAUUACAAACAUACUCGUAGACAUGAUGUACCAUGAGGAAAUUCAAUAUUUAACAGCGUAUUUAUUUCUGAUCACAUUUCAAGACUAAAAUUUCAUAUAAACUUUUUAAAC